AUGAUGCCGACACGACAAUCUAUACGGCGUGUGUGGACCACCGCCACUGGUGCGCGCAUCAAAAGAUGUGCACCUGUUGGUAAAAAAUUAUACGGUGUUCGUGCUACACAUUUGCGCGCCACCCAAAUCAUGACACCCGUGGCACAUAUGAACACAAGCACGCGGUGCAUGUUGCCCAGGAGCAAGAAUCCCACACCACGUGUUGUCAUUGUGCGCGAGGAUGACGAAAAAAGACCAACUAGUGUGAAAGCGUCAGACCGUGGCGACGAUGAUCCUGCACAAAACGAUCAGGCGCCUGCCUCUCAGAGCGGCGACGAGGGCGAGGGAAGCAGCGCAUCCGGUUCAUCAGGCCAUGAUGGAGACAACAACAACAACAACCACGAUGAUGACUCGAAAGGAGAGGGGAAGGGCUCGUUGCUACUCUCACGCAAUUCUGUCCCCUCCGUGUACCCACAGGUCCUAGCGCUACCCAUCACUCGUCGGCCUCUAUUCCCUGGAUUUUACAAGGCUGUGGUCAUCAGAAACCCACAUGUGUGCGCUGCCAUCAAGGACGCUAUGAAACGUGGCCAGCCAUACGUCGGAGCGUUUUUGCUAAAGGACGAGGAAGAAGACUCCGACGUGAUCGUCAGCAUGGACCGCGUGCACCGCGUCGGUGUAUUUGCUCAAAUCACGAGCAUUUUCCCCGCACACUCAGGGUCGAAGAUGGAUGAUUCUGAAGAGGGUAUCACAGCUGUCUUGUACCCGCAUCGACGUAUCGUCAUCGAUGAACUCAUUACGCCCAUGCCGAAGGACCAGCCCGUGCCCUCUCAGCCACCCGAGGCGCCGAAAGCCGUCGCAGAGCAAGAAAACCAAGAAGACGAGUCGGACGACACAUCCAGCAUACCAUCUCACAACCCACCUUUUCAGACCGCCUUUUUGCAUCAGUACGAGGUCUCACUUGUCAAUGUCACCAAUCUUCAAAUGGAACCCUACGAUCGCAAGCCAAGCCAGUACACGCGUGCGGUCAUGUCAGAACUCAUUAGUGUUUUCAAGGACAUUGCUAACUUGAAUCCUCUUUUCCGUGAUCAAAUUGCCAACUUUAGCAUCUCGCAGGGUGCUGGCAAUGUGUUUGAAGAACCUGAGAAACUAGCUGACUUUGCUGCGGCCGUGUCCAGCAGCGACACGGAAGAAUUGCAGGGCGUGCUAGAGUCGAUGAAUAUUGAAGAUCGGCUGCAAAAAGCCCUCCUUGUACUCAAGAAGGAGCUAGUCAAUGCUCAGCUGCAAAGCAAGAUCAGCAAGGACGUUGAAAACAAAAUUCAGAAGCGCCAGCGUGAGUACUACUUGAUGGAACAGAUGAAGGGCAUCAAAAAGGAGCUCGGUAUUGAGUCUGAUGGCAAAGACAAGCUCAUUGAAAAGUUCAAGGAAAAGGCCUCCAAACUGAAUAUGCCUGAGGCCGUACGGACCGUAUUUGAUGAGGAGCUCGCCAAGCUUCAGACACUCGAGCAGGCCGCAAGUGAAUUCAACGUUACGCGUGGCUAUCUCGAAUGGCUCACCAGUAUUCCAUGGGGUGUGCACUCACCUGACAAUUAUGCCAUUUCACGCGCAAGCGACGUACUUGACGAAGACCACUUUGGCCUUAAGGAUGUCAAGGAUCGAAUCCUUGAGUUCCUUGCCGUUGGCAAACUGCGCGGUACGGUCGAGGGCAAGAUUAUUUGUCUGGUCGGUCCGCCCGGUGUAGGUAAGACGUCGAUCGGCAAGUCCAUUGCCCGCGCUCUGGACCGGCAAUUUUACCGCUUUAGUGUUGGCGGCUUAAGUGACGUGGCUGAAAUUAAGGGACAUCGCCGGACGUAUGUCGGCGCCAUGCCAGGCAAGGCGAUCCAGGCACUCAAGAAGGUCGGCACGGAAAAUCCUCUCAUUCUGAUUGACGAAGUGGACAAGCUGGGCCGUGGCUACAAUGGCGAUCCAUCGUCAGCGCUGCUCGAAAUGCUGGAUCCCGAGCAGAACAGUUCGUUCAUGGAUCACUACAUGGACGUACCUGUGGACCUAUCCCGUGUGCUAUUUGUGUGCACGGCCAACACGUUGGGCACGAUUCCCCAGCCGCUGCUCGACCGUAUGGAGGUGAUUGAGGUGUCGUCGUACACGGCCGAGGAGAAGCGGCACAUUGCACGUGGCUACUUGGCGCCGCAGGCCAAGGAAGCGUCAGGACUGAAGGAGGCCGACGUAUCGUUGCCUGAUGAGUCGAUCGACUUUAUCAUUCGGCGGUAUGCGCGCGAGAGCGGUGUGCGUGGCCUUCGGAAGCUCUUGGAAAAGGUGUACCGCAAGGUGGCCUUUGACAUUGUCAAAGAACACGGCGAGGAGGUCUUCCCAGAGCCAAGCAGUGAAGCCGAGACGAAGCCUUCGCCGACGUCAGCGAAGAACGAGAGCAUUCAAGUUACCAAGCAGGAGCGCUCGCCCAUGGCCGUACCGCCCAAGGUGUCCGUGGUCAUUAAUGAAGAGCAGCUGCGGGACUACCUCGGUCCCCCCAUAUACCACAAGGAUCGCAUGUAUACAAACACGAUGCCUGCGGGCGUCGCUUUGGGUUUGGGAUACCUGGGCAAUGGAUCUGGGUCGUUGAUGCCGAUUGAAACGACGCUCAUGCCUGGCAAGGGUAACCUGCAUCUCACAGGCAAACUCGGUGACGUUAUCAAGGAGAGCGCAUCUAUUGCCCUUUCGUGGGUCAAGUCGCAUGCGUAUGAGCUGGGUCUGACCAAAGAGCCGGGCGACACGCUGCUGGAUCACCGCGACGUGCACUUGCACAUGCCCGAGGGCGCGAUUGGCAAGGAGGGUCCAUCGGCAGGUGUGGCGUUUGCUGUGAGUCUCAUCAGUCUACUGACCGAUCGUUCCCUGCCCACCAAGCUGGCGAUGACGGGUGAAGUGUCGCUGCGUGGUAUGGUUUUGCCUGUGGGUGGCCUCAAGGAGAAGCUCCUAGCAGCGCAUCGUGCAGGCAUAACGACCGUGAUUUUGCCGGCUCACAACCGGCCCAGUGUCGAGGCUGACGUGCCCAAGUCGGUGCUCGACGACCUCGAAGUGCACUAUGUGACGAAUGUGUGGGCCGCCCUGGACGUGGCCUUUGGCCACGGCCCAUGGAGUGCCCAGGCGAGGGUGUGGAGCUCGAACGAGACCCCCGAAGCAGCUAGCCAAUAA